AUGGGCAGGCAACUGAACAACCUAAGUGGACAGUUGGAUAUUGAGGUGCGUAGGGAGUCAAAGUAUAUAGCGUUAUCGGAGAUUAGUGCAACAAACUUGAAGAUGAAAGAAAACCUCCGAGAACUGGAUAUAAGAUUCAAGAAUGGCACAAAAGAGGAUAAGAGGGUGUUACAAUGUCUCCAGCCCCCUUGUAAUCUAAAGAUACUCAAUAUAGAUGGGUAUGGAGGGGAGAGUGGGAUGCCAAAACUGAAGGGAUGGUGGGGGAUGACAAGUAGUGAGCAAGAUUCAAAAGAAGAUAUCCAACUCCAUGUCCAGGUUCAACAUCAGCAUCUCGUUAAUUGGAAGCCUGCAUUCCCCAAAUUAGGUGAGCUACGUGUGGACAUUGUGGAGUUGGCGAUUACAAUUACCAUGCAGCAGAUACCCUCUCUCAAGAAACUCUAUAUAUGGGGUUCAAGUAUUGGUGAGCAGUCUCAUCAGCAACAAGCAUAUACCCUCCCAUUUAGUAGUUGCUUUCCCAACCUGCAACACCUGGUAAUUGAUCGCCUAAGUAUAAAGGUUUUUCCAGAGGAAAUUCGAUAUCUAUCAACCCUUCAAUCCUUGGGAAUCCAUCGAUUUGCAAAUAUCAAAGAAAUACCAGAAUGGAUUGACAGUCUCACCUCCCUACAAGAACUUGAUUUCCUACUGUGCCCAAGAUUGGAAUCACUGCCGCAUCAAAUAGUAAACCUCCCAAACUUGAACACAUUUCGUAUUUCAUCAUGCGGCAAACUUAGGGAGAAGUGUCAGAGUCCAAAUGGAGAAUACUGGCACCUUGUUCAACAUAUUCCUUGUUUAAAAAUAUUCUACUGA